GGGGGGUGAGGAAAGGAAGGAGCCUGAGACGAUUCCGGGACCCAGGAGCCCCUCGGCACCCGAGGAAGGGGGUAGAGGGAGAGCGAAGCGACCGCCCCGCCCUGUUAGGCGUUCCGGUGCUGCGGCAGGCUGGCCCUCAGAUCUGAAAACUGAACUUUUUCCUGUCCAUUCCUGCAAAUAUAGAUCCUAGAGAAUAAAAAUGGGGACUCCUGGCUCAGGAAGGAAAAGAACUCCAGUGAAAGACAGAUUUUCUGCAGAAGAUGAAGCUUUAAGUAACAUUGCCAGAGAGGCAGAAGCCAGGCUUGCAGCCAAACGGGCAGCUCGAGCAGAAGCAAGAGAUAUACGUAUGAGAGAACUGAAGCGACAGCAAAAAGAGUUUUCUCAGCGUUCAUAUGAUAGAAAAUGGGCUCAUAUCCAGAAAUGGAUGGAAGAUUCAGAGAGGGCCAGGUAUUCUCACCGGUCCAGUCAACAUUCAUAUUUGAGUUCUUUGGAUGUCAGUGGGUCACACAGGAGCAGAACAAGUGCUUCCAGAAGGAGAGAUCUUGCGAAUCAUGUUUACAGUGAAUCCCAUAGUACAAAGAAGAAAACUGCUUAUUUCCAUAAAGAUUUCUUGAGUGGAAUUUACGAUGAUCAAAGAAAUUAUAGCAGCCUUAGAUGUAGUAAACCAAUUUCUUCCUACCAUACUCGGUCAUUUUCUCUAUGCAGUGAUCCAGUGGCAACUACUAGGAGUUACAGGGUGUCUCUUUCUGUAAAUACUGGUUUGAUAAGAAGUACCAGUUUGGCAACUUUGUGUGGUGAUGGAUUACGUAGCUCAUAUAGUUCUCGCACUCCAUCUGAAUACAGUUCUUAUUCUUCAAGAGCAAGCUCAAUUCGAAGUAGUCCUGUGUCCUCUGAUUUUUCUGAUCAAAGUGAAACUGCUGCUGACUAUUUUAGUCGUUCCAACCGCAGGGGAAGCAUUGUUUCUGAUGCAGAUGAUGUCCAAGGUUUGAAUAGUCUGGAAGAAAAGAGUGAAAAAACACAUUUGGAAAUUUAUUCAAGGCCAUCAUCUCGCAAUUCAAUAAGUACAACUCCUCUGAGUGGCAACUCAUCUAGGAGAGGAAGUGGAGACACAAGCAGUUUGGUGGAUCCUGAUGCCUCCCUAAGUGAACUACGGGAUAUCUAUGAUCUUAAGGACCAGAUACACGAUGUAGAAGGGAGAUACAUGCAGGGACUUAAAGAACUAAAGGAUUCUCUAGCUGAAGUUGAAGAGAAGUACAAGAAAGCUAUGGUUUCCAAUGCUCAACUAGACAACGAGAAAAACAACUUGGUUUACCAAGUAGAUAUUUUAAAGGAUGUCGUUGAGGAGAAAGAAGAACAGAUAGCAGAGUUCUACAGGGAGAAUGAAGAGAAGUCAAGGGAAUUGGAAAGACAGAAACACACGUGCGGUGUUCUACAGCAUAAGCUGGAUGAACUUAAAGAGGGCCUUCGGCAGAGAGAUGAAUUGAUAGAGGAGAAUCAACGAAUGCAGCAGAAUAUAGACUGCAUAACCAAAGAGGUGUUUGAUCUCCAGGAGACAAUUAAUUGGAAAGAUAAAAAAAUAGGGGCCCUAGAAAGACAGAAAGAUUACUUUGACUGCAUUAAGAAUGAGCGAGAUGAGCUCAGAGAGGAGUUGGCUGACCUGAAGGAAACAAUGAAGAGAGGAGAGAAGCACGGAUUAGUUAUAAUUCCAGAUGGCACACCAAAUGGUGAUGUAAACCACGAAUCAGUGGUUGGUGCAAUAACAGUUGUAUCACAGGAAGCUGCUCAGGUCUUGGAAUCUGCUGGAGAAGGACCACUAGAUGUUCGGCUACGAAAACUGGCUGGAGAAAAGGAGGAGUUAUUGUCCCAGGUUAGAAAACUGAAGAUGCAGUUGGAAGAAGAACGACAGAAAUAUUCUAAAAGUGAUGGCACAAAUCCCGAUAUAACAGGCUUAGAAAAUGGUUCUGACUUGCAGCUAUUUGAAAUGCAGAGAGAUGCCAACAGACAAAUUAGUGAAUACAAAUUUAAGCUUUCAAAAGCUGAACAAGACAUAACUACCUUGGAACAAAACAUUGGACGACUUGAGGGACAGGUUGCAAGAUAUAAAAAUGCAGCAGAAAAUGCAGAAAAAGUGGAAGAUGAACUCAAAGCUGAAAAGAGGAAGCUUCAGCGAGAAUUAAGAACAGCACAGGAUAAGAUUGAAGAGAUGGAGAUGACCAAUAGCCACUUAAUGAAAAGGCUGGAGAAGAUGAAGGCAAAUCGGACUGCGCUUUUAUCUCAGCAGUGAAGUGAAAAUAAAAAACACUGUGCACUGCUCCUUGAAUAACUAGCCCCUAGCUUGUUUUUAAAUACAGACUUUCAUUGGCACAAACUGUUUGAACACUGAGCUGUUCAAUGGUAUUUUAGUUUCAUAAUUAAAUGGCAUACUUUUUUUUGUAACUUAUGAGAGAAUGAAAUGUAGUUUGAAUUCCCAUGUGAAUGACAGCAAUUUUUCUGUAGCAUUUGAUUCUAGAGUCAGAGCUGGAACACAAUGCUGUGUGAUUGACUUAGCGAUAGAAAAUGUUUUCACAACUGUGGAAUCAAGUUUACUCACGAUCUCUUUUGGCUGCUUUAAUGAUGCUUGAUGCUUGGAGACAACUGCAUGAAUUCAAAAGACACUGUAAUACUGUAUUAUAAACUAACAACUAUAUUUGCUCAAGACAUCACACAGCACAAGUGCCUUUUAUAUGGUGCAAUUUAGACUUCAAUGAUGCUAGAUUGUUGAAAUAACCUUUGAAAUCAGAUAACAUUUUAUUUUAAGAUACAUAUGGGGUAUUCACUAAACUUUAUACAUUUUGAAAACACAUUUUUUGUAAAAUAUUUAAAUUUAUAAGAAAAUAAAUAGGGACUGUACAUAAAGAUCUGCUUUUUUGCAUGGGCACAUGAAAGUUCUAGGUAAUUUUGUCAAAUACUAGCCUCUGAUACUCUUAGUGUAAGAGUACAGAUUUAAAAACUUGUGUUGUACACUAUCAAAUUGUAUGU